GAUCAGCUUAUUCUAAUCAUACUUGUUUUGGAUGUUAACAGAUAAGAUUUAAUUGUGUAUAUACUUGUAAACAAAAAACUUAAAUUAAUGAGAAUGGGGCCGUCCUUUAUAUAAAACAUAUCUGUAUACCGAGAGAUAUGGUAAUUAACCUCAAGUCUUGGAUAUUCAAUAUUUUUGUAAUUAUGCAUGCAUCACUAGGACUACUCUUAGUCCUAAGUCUAAGUGCGACCGUAGUGACUGCUCAACGACUGCGAAAUGAUGCUAUGUGGAAAUGCUCUGCCGUCGAAGUUUGCAACAAUAAUCGUCAAAGGUUACCUGCUGCAGAUGGAAAUUACGUAGCUAAAUUUUCAAGUGCAGAUGAUGAAAGUCUCAAUUUUAACCUUACGAAUAAUGCUGGCAACCAAUUAAUAAUGUCUAUUAAAGCAAUUAUUAAUAAUAGAUUAAGAAUAACUAUAGAAGAACCAGCGAGGCAUAGACACCAUAUUGAAUAUUCUUUGGAGAGAGAUCCUGUUUUAAAUAAGCUGACUGUUAGCUCUACAAACGAGAGUUUGCUAAUAGCUUCAGAUGAAGAUGGAAAUAAAGUAGUUGUUAAAUACAAACCUCUAAGUAUUGAUUUCUACUAUAAGGAUAUUUUGCAAAGUACUUUUGAAGGAAAUAGGCUAAUUAUGGAUAAUACGAAUCAAAGCCAGGCGUUUACAUUUUCUGUUAAAUUCCACGAAAUAAAGCGAAUGAUGGGUUUAUUUGAACAUGCCACUACAGUUGGACUUUUCCAUACCGCCGAUCUUAGUAUUGAUCCCUAUAGGCUAAAGAAUAUUGAUAAUGGUUGGUGGUCUAUGAAUUCAACACAAUCAUUGUAUGGAUCAAUUCCCGUACUAUAUGGGUUUGGAAAUCACUCUUCUGGAUUCUUCCUUCAUAAUGCCGCCGAGAUGUGGGUCGACAUUGACAAUAAUAACAAUUCUGCAUACUUUAUGGUCACUAGUGGAGUACUGGAUCUUUUUGUUCUUCUUGGUCCCACAUUGCAAGAUUCCAUUAGGCAAUAUGUAAAUCUGACAGGAACGCCACAUUUACCACAGCUAUGGGCUUUGGGUUAUCACCAAUGCCGUUGGGCAUACAACAAUACAGAGGAUGUAAAGGAUAUUAUUGGCAAAUUUGAUCAAUACGAAAUUCCAUUGGACGUAUUAUGGCUAGACAUCGAAUACACCGCCAAUCGUGAAUGGUUUACUUGGAACUACACUUCUUUCCCUGACCCAAUAGCACUAUUAAAUUGGGUUGAUGCUCAAGGACAUAGAAAACUCGUUCCUAUUUCUGACUGCCACUUAAAGCCGGAUCCUAACUAUAACGUGUAUUCAAACUGCUCUCAAAAUAACUGGUUAAUUAAAGCAUCUGAUGGAUCGGAAUAUGUUGGAACUUGCUGGCCUGGUGCGGCCACUUGGAUUGAUUUCUUAAAUCCAAAUGCAAGGGAUUAUUAUUCAAGUUUACAUUUGUAUGAAAACUUCCCAUCCACACCAGCCCUCGGUGGAUUCUGGAAUGAUAUGAAUGAACCUGCAACUUUUGAUAAUCAGUAUGAGUUAAGUAUUCCGAUGGAUACAGUGCAUUAUAGUAAUGUUUUGCAUAGGGAUAUUCAUAACAUGUAUGGUUUACUACAACUUAUGUCCACCCAUAAAGGACUCAUAGAUCGCGAUAAUGGUAAACUUAGACCGUUCCUUCUGUCAAGAUCAUAUUUUGCUGGUUCUCAAAGAUACACUGCGAAAUGGAAUGGAGAUACCGACAGUACUUUUGAUUACCUAAGAAUGCUUAUUCCUAUGACCAUAACUUCAAAUCUUGCCGGUGUAGUCUUUUAUGGUGGUGACGUACCUGGAUUUUUUGGAAAACCUACAGAUGAAAUUGCAAGCAGGUGGUACCAGACUGGAGCCUGGAUUCCAUUCUACAGAGCCCACGGUGAUCUUACAACUGAAAGAAGAGAACCAUGGACUUUUUCAAAUAGUACCCAAAAUGAUAUCCGCGAAGCUAUAAAAUCUAGAUAUUUCCAUCUUCCAUACUGGUAUACAUUAUUUUUUGAGCAUACAAUAACUGGUGAUCCAAUGAUCCGUGGAUUGUUCUAUCAUUAUCCAGAUGAUGACACUGCUUUAGAUAUUAAUGACGAAUUUCUUGUUGGAUCUGAUAUUCUUGUUGCCAACGUAUACUUCUCUGGAGCUACAAGUUUAAGAGUAUACCUCCCAGGGACAGAGGAAUAUUGGUUCCAAAUAACAGGAAACUCUAGCAAUGUGUAUCAAGGUGGACAAUGGUAUACUAUUCCAGUCGAUAUAACAUUUAUACCAGUGUUUUAUAAAUCAGGUUCAGUCAUCCCCAGAAAACCUAGAGUCAAGAGAACCUCUGCUGAAAUUAAAGAUGAUCCAUAUGAAUUACAUAUAAUUCUUGAUAAGAAUGGUAAUGCGGAAGGAAGAAUCUACCUAGAUGAUUUCGAAAGUUUUGAUUAUAUCGACAAUAAUAAUUAUCUUUAUGGUUCCAUAGACUAUCAAAAUUCUACUAGGACUUUAUCUAUACGGUCAAUACAUAGUACCAGCGUCGACGGUGACCUUGAAUUAAAAAUUGAGGCAAUACUCUUAUAUGCUAAUAAUGGAAAUGGAACAUACAGCGUUGAGAGAUACAACCAAACGUCAGAUGGUACGCCUUUACUGGAAAUUGUGGACUAUAGGAUAAAAUUAAUUACCCUGUGAAGUUGUAAAAUUUUGUAAAUAAUAAAUAAAUUUUAAGACGAAGUUGCAAAUUCUACCCUAAUAUUUCUCGUGUUAUUUAUAUAGUAUAUAUAAGUACUACAUUAGGAGAAAUUUUGUAAGUCAAAUAAUUUCGUCAAUAAAUUUGUUAGUUAAAAAUUA